UUUCCGCCACACAACCGAUCAGCUGAAUUUUUAUCAAAUAAACUGUUCUUGAAAGCCUGUUCUACAUAGGGGAUCCUAUCUGAAGUCCAGUUCCUCUUCCACAGAUAUUACUAAGGAGUAAUAUGAGUAAGACAGAAAUCGUUGUUAGGCAUGAUCCAGCUUACCUACACACUCACUGGAGAUUAUAUUAAAGAAAAAAUUUUGGAAAUUAUUGACGAAUAUGGCAUAACAGUUGAUCAAAUAUUCAGGUACACAGUGUUACCUCUGAGAAACAUGGUGAAAGCCUUAGAAAUAUUAAAUGACGACAUGGAGGAAUCUCUUUUUGAAGAUGACACCUACGAGGAAAAUUUGGCCGUUUGCGUUGACUUCUUCUGUCAAUCGGUCUUUUAAUAAAUGUCUAACAGCUCAACUGAAUCGGUACUCGACAGAAACCGAAAACUAAAAGAAACGAAGUCUGAAAAUAAUAUACCCGCGAAAGCAUGAAAACUAAUCGCUAUCGAUAUAUCCUGCUCAUGUGACCGUCUUUGUGUAAUCGGCGGACUGCCCAGCUCUAUGGCCUUAUCAUUUAUUAUUAUUUUUUUUCUGUGUGUUGUUUGAGGCCUCGGCGUAAACGGAAGCUUGUUGCGAGGUUUUUUGCCUUUAAGGGGAAAACGUUUAAUAUUAUGCAAGCUUACAAUGUUCAAUUACAUUAAGGAGACAAUAAUGGCGCCGUCCACACGUAGCAGCAGCACCACCAAUAAAACCAGCAAUACAGACACAACUGAAAAGGAUUUGAUUUCAUGCAAGUCCUUAACAGCUGCAGCUCCAAUGCGUGGUUAUAAGAUAACAGAUAACAAUCGCACGCGAAAAUUUGGAAUUGGAGCCAAUUCUUUGGAGAUGCUGUUAAGUAAAGCAAAAUCAAAAUUUCCGUUGCAGGAUUUACACAUAUAUUUGGCCUCCGAUGGCUUUGAAGUAUCGGAUGAUGACUAUUUUUAUAGUUUACCUGCUCAGACAUUGUUCAUAGUGGCUGGACCCGAUUCAGUUAUCACAACAGAUCCGGAUUUUGAGUUUGAACGAAUGCGUCAAGAAUCUCCGCUUCUCAAGGUAGCUGAUAUUUUCUAUGAUUUUAUUGAGAAACAUCCGGACAAAUUUCGUCGCAUGAUCACGCAAUAUGAGCUACAAAAGCAGCGUCGUAUGCUGGACAAUACUAAGGCUCAUUUAAGUCUGCGAGAGGAGCAUAUGGAGUGGUUUAAGGGUGGCGAGGAGCGUUUCCAUUCCAAGGAGGAAGCCAUGUCCAUGCGAGCACAGACUCGAGUCCGUGGCUAUUACUACAAAACCAAAGAAGAACUGACACGUAAUCCGCUGUAUCGACAAAAUGCCAAGGCUCGUCAAGUAAUCAAUUCGGUGCUGGAGCAAUUUCGUUAUCUUCUCAUUGGCUGCGACUAUUUUUCAAUGAUGUUUGAUAGGAAAUGCCAGCAGAAACACGAGUUCCUUAGCCAUCAGCUGCAGCAGGAGGAGGAAGAGACCGAUGGUGCUGCAAGUGUGCCAAAAAGGUUACGUCAACUUAUCAAAGACUAUACGAAACGUAAUAACAUUUUGGACAAGUGGUCUGUAUCCCUCUGCUCCAAUUUGGGAGAUUUCUAUUGCCAGGGCUCCUAUUCGGAUAAUGGCAAUUGCUGCUCUCGGCAACAUUCUAUCAAUCCAUAUGCAUCCCGCGAGAAUCUCAUAUUAUUUCAAGUCUGGAAUCUUGAUCAUCAAAUUGAGCUAUGUCGUUCGAUUCUACCUUCUCUGGUGGCCAAUGUCGAGAAAUUGAUCACCCAACCUCAACUAAAAUGUACAUUGCAUCAUAAACGAGUGAUUGACAUAUCGGUUUUGGAAUAUUUUCUAGAAAUUUUCUCAUUAAAAAAUCUAAAACUUGUUCACAUAACUUGCCAUGAAAAGACUCAGCGUACAAAUAAUUCAAAUGGCCGUCUCGUUUGUUCCGAGUGUCAUGAAUAUUGCAUAGUUCAGGAACUAAUGGAGGUGGAUGAGGAGUCCUCGUAAAGAGUUUGAAGAUCUGAAAUAUUUUUGGUUACUUUAAACAAAAUUUUCUCUUGCUUAUUUGGAAUUGGUAAGCCUUAUUUGUUUUUCUUAACAUUUCAUUAAUUUCUAAUUUAAUGACCGUUUAUAAAAUGGUUCUUUCUUACUCUUCAAUCUUUGCCAUAUUACAAUGUUAAUAUUAUUAUCUUUUAACAAAUCUAAACCUAAAUUCUCUUAAAUCAUAGAAAAUAUUACUUAAGUCUUAGACUUUGCAUUCGUAUAUUUUUGAUUGAAUUCUCAUUAUGGUUCUCCCAUUGUCUUAGAUGGGAAAACUUUGAUUCUAUAUGAUUUUCCUUUAACUAUUGAUUUUAAACAAUGAUUUUUUUUCAUUGUCUUGAUUAUAAGUUGUGAAACAUUACAUUACAAUCGUGUUAUCAUUAUCUUGAUCGUAGGUUGUCAAUUUCUGACUCUAUUUGUCAGUCGCUUUCUUAAUUUUUUUAUUUAGCCAUCGUAUUAUCAUUGUCUUGAUCAAAAGUUGAAAAUGUUUCAUUUAUUUUUAUCAA